AUGGCAAGCUUCGCCUACCAGCUGCAGGCCGAGGACCACCACCUGCUCUCUGCCGCCACGGAAACUGGGCCCGCCGCCGCAGAUCCGGGGGGGAAGGGGAAGCAGCGGAAGCGAGGAUCGGGGGUGAAGCUCUCCACCGACCCGCAGAGCGUGGCGGCGCGGGAGCGGCGCCACCGUAUAAGCCACCGGUUUAAGAUCCUUCAGAGUCUGGUUCCCGGAGGAAGCAAGAUGGACACCGUGUCCAUGCUGGAGGAGGCCAUUCACUACGUCAAGUUUCUGCAGGCGCAGAUCAUUCUUCACCAGUCCGCCGUUGCCUCCGCCGCCCCCCUGGCGGCGCCACCGCCCGCCGCCGCGGUCUUCUUCCCCUCCGACUACGAGGCUACUUACUUCGCCGGCGGUAUCUCCCCCGACGCCGGCGCGUCGCCGGAGUUCCCUCCACCGCCGCAGGGCUUCAACUACUCCCUACCCCCUCUCCCUCCUCUUCCCGGGCGGCCGAGCUGCACCUUCCCGGAGGAGGAGCAUCUCUUCCCUUGGGCUUCCUCGGUCAACCAUUACAGUCUCUAG